UACGUAAGGAAGCGUACCUAUGGCACCAUGACUCACGUGCCGCUGUGUAGAACUGAGGAUAAAAUUUCUGACCAAUGGAGCUGUUUUGACGUGCGCCAGACAUCUCUGACGGCGCUGGGAGCCCAAAAGCUCUCUCUUUUCUGAGGUCGUCAUUCAAGUGGUUGCGGACGUGCAGAAAGGCAGACGACGAUUUGUUGUUCAGAACCUGCACCGUGCUAGAUCGAGAAGGAACAUCGAGGUCUCAUCCCAAUAAGAAUGACAACCGUUAACAACAACAACCCACCUUUGGAUUGGCGCGGUUUGACGCACCAUCACAGCAGCGCGGCAGUGUAUUUGCACAUUUGGUCUAUCAACCACAGCAGCCUGGUGCUUCAAAGUCGUUAUCCUUCCACGGCGGUAGCCGUUGAGUUUCUCGGACGUGGAAAGAUCGGUGCACACUGCAAAGUGGCUAUAAUAAAUACGGCCGAAGAGGAAAUAAGGAAUACAGCUCCUCAAACUGGGUAUCUUGAAGAGGGAUCUCCACUCUUCGUAGACCUGGGAUAUACAAGCGACUUCAUAACAUUUGUAAAUAAAAAUCUUCCGGAUGAUAUACUCAGGCUGCGCGUUGAAGUAACGAUACUUGAAUCUUCAAGUUCACCUGCGGCUUUCAUAUUAAAUGCACCUCAAGGAUCAAGCUUAAAGGACGACUUCGUUCAAGCCUGGGGAGAUCGUGAGUUUGCCGACUUAAUCAUUAUUGCCGGUGAGAAGAGAUUCCACGUCCACAAAGUAGUGCUGGCCACACGAUCACCCGUGUUUCGUGCCAUGCUGAAAAACGACAUGCAGGAAAGUAUUCAAAACGAAGUUGUCCUAAAGGACGUAUAUCCCGAUGUCGUACAAGAAAUGCUGCGUUUCAUCUAUACCGAUGCUUCGCCAAAUAUCAGCACCAUGGCAGCCGAUCUUUACCAGCUAGCCGACAAGUACGAUUUGAAAGGACUCAAGUUGUUGUGCGAAUCUGAACUUGCGUCAAGUCUUAGUGUAGACACGGUCGUCGACGUCCUUCGACUGGCAGACAAACUCCAGUGUGACACUCUCAAGAAACUUGCCGUCCUUUACAUCAACGCGCAUGCCACAGACGUGGGAAUGACGGACGGUUGGAAGAGGAUGGUCAAAGAGGAAGUUCGACUAGUGGAGUGCUUCAUAACGGAUGGAUUGAAAGUGGUAUGAUUUGAAAGAGAAGAAAGCAGUCCUUGUCCUGCUGAGGAGAUUCGUCUGUGUAUUCGUCUAAAUAAACAAGUCCAUUUGGA